AUGGAAGCUGUUGGCCUUGCCCUUGCUAUUGUUGCCACCAUUGACAUAGCUCUCAACCAUGGCCACGCUCUCGUUGAGCUAUGCCGCUCUUUCAAGCACGCCGACGAGGAGAUAGAGCAUCGUGUAAUACUGGUUGAAAGCUCGACGUUUCGCACCAACAGCCAGCUCCAGCUGAUCAAGCAGAUGCAAGAUGAUUUGGACGAUGAUUUCAAAGCCAUGCAGAUAGGCUUGUACAACGUCUUCAUCGCCAAGCUGAAAAACGUAGUUGGGCGACUCGAGAGACUCCUCGAGAAGAACGUCGACGAACAUGGCUCCUCGAAAUUUGUAGUCAAACGAGGGAAAUACAUCUUUGUCAAGCAGUACCUCGACUCUGCCAUCGAUGAAAUGGAGCGCUGGCAGACCAGGUUUGAUCCUACCUGGAAACUGAUAACUUUGAAGUUACAAUCUCCUGCGGUAGACAUGUUAUUGAGAGACGUUGAUGAGGGAAUGAGUAAAGACGAGUCUGCAGCUUCAUCCGUGAAGGCUACAAGAGCUCUAAGAGGAGUUGUCAAAGACGGUGUGAGUGUAUUGCUACCUGCGCGUCAGUUGGAAGGCAUGGGGGUGCAGCGCAUACCAUUCUCGAAAGCAAGUAUGUACAGCAAUUUGAAGCGACGCUACGUGGUCGACAGCAUCGAUCUCGGUCUCGAGCACGUUGGAAAGAGCCGGAGCAAGGCUCUGGUGAAGAAUGUCAGAGAUCUUGCGGAGAAGUUACAAUUUGUGGAGUCAACUCGAAUAGGCAUGCUCCAGUGCAAAGGCUUUGUCGUGCGGGAAGAAGGCGGCUUUUGGAUCAUCUUCCGACAACCACCGGGUACUGACAAAGWUCGAUCGCCUAGAAGUCUUCGCGGGAUGUUGAUUUCCGCUACUGAGCAUAGUCUGACUGAGCGCAUGAAUAUCGCUAAACAGCUUGCCAGAGCUGUGAGCUACGUUCAUUCUCUCGGCUUCGUCCACAAAAACAUACGACCUGAGACCAUCAUUGGCUUCUGGACUAAAGGGUUGAAAGGCAGCCUCGAGUCGGUGUUCUUGACUGGCUUCAGCCAGUUCCGAGCAGAGCAGAACUCCACAGGAAUGCUGGGAGAUGCCGAUUGGGAGCGGAACCUUUACCGUCAUCCAGAGCGUCAAGGCAYGCAUCCGGAAGAAAAGUACGUGAUGCAGCACGACAUUUAUAGUCUUGGCGUGUGUCUUCUCGAGCUUGGACUGUGGACCUCGUUCGCGGAGUAUGAUCCUGAGGGAAUUGCAAACAGAGGAGAGCAGCUGGCAUUGGCGAUCAAAGCCAGCGAUCCCAAGGAUGCCGAGGAUUCGAAGAAGAUGCUCGUCGCCUUGGCCAAGAGGCAACUGCCUUCCAAAAUGGGCGACCGAUACUGCAGUAUUGUUGUCAAUUGCCUAACGUGCCUGGAUCAUGACAAUGGCGACUUUGCAGACGAAUCUCAAUUCCAUGACGAAGCAGGCAUCCAGCUGGGUGUGAGAUACAUGGAGAAGAUCAUGCUGGCAUUGGAGGAUAUCGAGAUCUGA